ACACUCUCCUAUGUUCCUUCUCACGUUUCUACUUACAUGUCCCUUCGAUCCAUGCUUCAUCUUUUGAUAUUUUUUUCAACCAGAAAAUUACAAAAACUUAAUUUUCAGUUUUCACCAAAAGGAUAACAAUAAAUAAAGGAACAAGCCACUCAAAUUCCACAGCUUUUUCAGCUAAAACAUUUCCAUGAUCUUUGCAUCAUCACAGCAAUGACCACAGUUGUGAAGCUUCACGUUUACCCAGAAAUUUUGAAUCAACAUAGGACGAGGUUGUCGAGGAAGGGCUUUGGCUCAUGCACUUCACCUGGGGUACUUGGUUUUGGCCAUAAUUGUGAUGGGCUCUAUGUGAAAGGGUGCAGGGCUUUUAGGAGUGAGGAUGGUGGGGAUCUUAAGGAGAAAAAGUUUCGAAAUUUGAAGAAAAAUGAAGUGAAAUUCAAAAGGGAAAGUGGGUUUUGGACUUCUCUUAGGUCUAUCUUGUGGAGGAAUUUCAUGGUGGGUUCAAAAUCGGAUGAUGAGUAUCGCCAAGCUGUGGUGAAGGUGGAAGUGAUACUAUCUUCGAUUGCCAUUCAAAUUGGAAGGUAUAUUGUGACUAUGAUGAGCACUGGUGUCAUUCUUGCAAUUGGAUUUCAGAUGUCAGGUGGAGAUAGUCAAAUGGAUGCAUUGAUAUGGUAUAGCUGGCUAGGAGGAAUAAUCAUUGGGACAAUGAUAGGUGCUAAUAUGGUGUUGGAGGAACAUUGUCGUGCUGGUCCGCGUAAUGUUGUCAUAACAGGGAGUACAAGGGGACUGGGUAAAGCCUUAGCUCGAGAAUUUCUUCUUUCUGGAGAUCGUGUAGUUGUUACCUCCCGCAGCCCUGAGUCUGUGCAAGCAACUAUCAAAGAGCUUGAGGAAAAUCUAAAGGAAGGCAUUGCCAAUUCAGUUGGCUCAUCUUUGACAAAGCUUUCUCAGGCAAAAGUGGUUGGCAUUGCUUGUGAUGUUUGUGAGCCUCAUGAUGUGCUGAGGUUGGCUAACUUUGCUGUCAAAGAACUUGGUGAUAUCGACAUUUGGAUAAAUAAUGCCGGAGCAAAUAAAGGUUUUAGACCAUUGCUUCAAUUUAGUGAUGAAGAUAUUAAACAGAUUGUCUCAACAAAUUUGGUUGGAUCUAUUCUUUGCACUCGGGAAGCCAUGCGUGUUAUGAGAAACCAAGCCAACGCAGGUCACAUAUUUAAUAUGGAUGGUGCAGGUUCUGGAGGCUCAAGCACACCUCUGACAGCUGUAUAUGGCUCUACAAAGUGUGGCCUUAGGCAACUUCAAGGAUCAUUAUUAAAGGAGUGCAAGCGAUCCAAAGUAGGCAUCCAUACUGCAUCUCCAGGAAUGGUGCUUACAGAUCUUCUCUUAAGUGGUUCAACUGUCCAAAACAGGAAAAUGUUUAACAUCAUCUGUGAGCUUCCUGAAACUGUUGCUAGAACAUUAGUUCCACGUAUGAGGGUUGUUAAGGGGACAGGCAAAGCCAUCAAUUACUUGACCCCUCCCAGAAUCUUACUAGCUUUGGUCACUGCAUGGUUACGUCGAGGUCGCUGGUUUGAUGAUCAGGGAAGAGCACUGUAUGCAGCUGAAGCAGACCGACUUCGUAACUGGGCCGAAAAUCGUGCCCGGCUUUCCUUCACCGACGCAAUGGAAAUGUACACAGAGAACACCUGGUUAUCAGUUUUCUCACUUUCAGUUGUUUGUGCCUUCAUAAUUCUUUCCAGCACAGGGAGCAAUAUGCCAGGAACAUGAUGUCUUGGUGUCAACUUGAAAAUAUGUUUGCUUUUUGUGCAAAGGCAAUUGGUGCCUAAAAUCAUAAAAAAAACAACAUAAUGAAUCUAAGUCAAAAUCAUAAACAAGGUGGAUCUGUUUUUUUCCACCAUGUCCACCUAAACAAUUAUCUUUUAACACUCUUAGUUGUCUGUGACCUCGUCUUCUCUCAGUUCUUUGUAUAGGUUGCCAUGCUAGCUAGCAUUGUUAAUUGAGAUGCUUAUAGUCUCAUAGUAUGUUACUGUGUAUAUAUAGUCUUCAUUGAAUUGUAGACUAGUUGAAUUUGUAUUUAUUUGAAUGUAUCCUUAUCCGGGAGCUUAAAUCUUAAAUUUAUUUUGGUUGUACAUUGGACAGCACUUUUGGAUAAUUCUAUAUACCUAUGAACUUUUGAACUGCACGUGAAAUUCUGCAUGGCACAAAUAUACAAACAAAUUUAUAAUUC